GGCAAAGUUCUUAUGAUAGUUGUGCAUACCUGCCAACUUUUACGCGUAAAAUGUACGCAUUUCUGGUCAUCUCUACGCUUAUACAUCGUUUUUUACGCAUCUGAAAUUAUUUUUCCGAAAAAUAAUUAAAAUGUUACUUUCAGCUAAAAGCCGCAAGCGCGUUUCUUGUAUUGGGAACAGGUUUCGCGAUUGCGGAGCGCGCCUCUACGGAAACGAACUGAUGCGCAAAACCAUAGCAGUGAGAACAACCUUCUGUAGAUAAACGUCAUACCGCUACUGCCUUUGUAGGCGGGGCUUAAACAUUUCUUGCCGUGGAGUUCGCGUCGUAUGUGCAACUCAACUUAAUGUUAUGAUUGUUUCGUUUAAAUCGCGUGUACGGUGAGCAUAAUAAUCUUAAAAAUUUAUUUAUGAUCGUUUGUUUAGAAUAUUUUUUUUCACUUUUGUUAAAAAUUUUGGCUGAGAACAAAAAGACAUAUUGCCAAACUUUUAAUGCAAAAUAUACGAAGGAAUUUCCGUUUUUAAAACCGCCUAGACUUGGUGAUAAGAGCGCAUUCUGUGAGAUUUGCCGUUGCGAUUUUACCAUUUCACAUGGUGGAAAGUUUGAUAUUUCUCGCCAUGUUAAAUCUAUGAAACACGAGAAAUCUGCAGAAUCGGUCAGCUCUAGCACGAAAUUAGAUGGAUAUCUAAAGAAUGACGAUAUGGACGUGAUUAACGCUGAGAUGUUAUUUACGUCAUUUCUCAUAGAGCAUAACGUACCUCUUACGGCCGCUGAUCAUGCAGGUCAGUUAUUCCGUAAAAUGUUCCCGAAGUCAAAUAUUGCUAAACAGUAUGGAUGUGGUCGAACCAAGACGUCUGCUCUUGUUUAUCAAAUGGCUAGUGAUCAUGUUGAUUCAAUGAUAAAGUUAAUGCAACACAAUUCUUUUUCUACCGCUUGUGAUGGCAGUAAUGAUGUUGAUCACAAGUUGUAUCCGGUAGUAAUUAGUUAUUUUAAUCCGGAUGAAGGAUUAAUUCAAAGUAAUCUUUUAUCUGUAUCUAAUUUAUCUGGUGAUGGAACUGGUCAGAACAUUAGUUCAUUAAUUUUAGAUGAAUUUAAGAAGUUUGAUAUUCCUUUUGGAAAUUGUGUUUCAUUUAUGUCAGACAAUGCUGCUGUAAUGCAGGGGAAAAGAAAUGGAGUAAUUGCUCAUCUAAAGCAACAACAUGAUAGUCUAAUUUCGGCAAGGUGUGCUUGCCAUUUGAUUAAUCUUGCAGCUGAAAAAGCAGCUGCCAUCUUACCCAUUAAUGUUGAUGAAAUAUUGGUUGAUAUUUAUUAUUAUUUAAACAAGAGUGCAAAACGUAAAGAUGCACUAAAGCACUUUCAGGCUUUACACGAUAAAGAAGCACACAAGAUAUUGAAGCAUGUAUGCACUAGAUGGCUCUCUUUAGGCCGUAGUUUAUCUAGACUAAUGGAGCAGUGGGAUCCCCUUGUGAGUUUUUUUAAAGAAUCGGUGAAAUCUCAGUCUAAGACGGUGUCAGUCUCUUUGAGCACGUAUCAAAUUCCAAAAAAAGCACACACUGACUUGAGUGUCAGUAAUACGUGUACACCCAAGGUGAAAUCUGUUCCCACUAAGAGAAAAGCCACAGAUGAAGGUUCUUCAAGUAGUAAACAACCAAAAUUCGAUACACAUGACUAUUCAAAAAUUCUCAGCAGAGAAGAGAAAUUAUUUGUUUCUUUUUACUUCUGAAAAUAAAGCAUACUGCUUAUUUCUCCUCAAUACUGUGACAAUAUUUGAAAAGACAAAUGUUUUGUUACAGUCUGAUUCUCCUUACGUUCAUAAAUUAAGAGACAUAUACCUCCAAUUAUUAAAAGAAUUAUUUAGUAAGUUUUUAAAGCCCUCUGCAAUUAAAGAUCAAGAUCUACUUAAAGUCAAAUAUCAUGAGAAAGAGAAUCAUAAAGAAAUAUCAGAAAUAGUUAUAGGCAGCGUAACUGCUAAAGAAGUGUCUAAUUUUAAUGCUGAACUGAGGAGGAAAUUUUUCCAUAAUUGUGUAAAUUAUUUUAUUGCAGCCUGUGAUUACAUCAUCAACAAAUUUCCCUUGAAUGAUGAGGUUUUGGAUAAAUGCUAAAGUGGCUGACUUAGCCAGAAUUGAAUCUGCAAAAUUUUCUAAUGUUCAAUUUUUUUUAGAUUUAUUUCCAUCAUUAAUUAAAACUGUAGAAACAACAGUUGAUGAACUACAAAAUCAGUUUUGUUCCCUUCAACUAGAAGAUGUAAGUAUAAUUGUAAAUAAUGACAAACGCAUGGAUGCACAAUGGGCUAAUAUAAUGCAAAUCAAAGAUGUCAACGGACAAUAUAAAUAUAAGCAACAUGCCAAGAUUGUGUUAUCAAUUUUAACAAUUCCACAUAGUAAUGCUCAAUGUGAGCGAAUAUUUAGUGUUGUUAAAAAAAAUCUUACUCAAUUUCGCUCUACAAUGACAAAUAAAACUUUGGAAAAUUUGUUGGUAGUUAAAACACACAAUUCAAAGCUGUGUUAUGCGAGAAAAUUUUCAACAGAUGCUUUGAAAAAAGCAAAAAAGGCAACUGUUGCUUUUCUUGCAAAAUCAUGAAUUUGUUUUACACACUGAAAAUGCUUUGAAAUGUGUGUUUUACAAUUAUUAUACUAAUAGCUUUUUUAAAUUUUUUUUGCUUUUCAAUAAUUAUUACUUCCUGGUUGGAUCAUAUACUUAAAAAUUUUACAAUUUAAUGUUGAAUUUAACGUUUACUAAAUGAAUAAAUACUUAAGCUAAAUAUUGGUUGUUCGUUAUUUUACACAAUGAUUUUUUUUUUUUUUACACAUUGAGAUUUUUUUAAGUUGGCAGCGUCAACACUAAUCCUUUCAUAAAAUAAUAAUUUACAUUUGAUCGUAUAGUGUUAUAAUUUAAUUACUUUGUUGGUAUAAUUAAAUAAAAUUGUUGAUCAAAUAUUAGGCUUAAGUGUUAUCAUUUAGAAUU